CGGGGCUUAGGAGCAGCCGGCGCGGGCAGGUGAGGAGCUCCUUUAGCCGAAGCCAAGCUUUGCAUCGACCUGCUGGUCCUGGUCCUCAGCCAGGAUGCCCAAGAUACUGUCCUGUGGGGUCUCCAAGAACAUGACUUGUAACGAGAACAGUCUGGAAUCCAUGAACAACAGUUCUUCGAUCACUGAAGAAAGGCUGGAGAAACCAGCAAAGAAAGACAGAGAAUUCGGUCCCAAGCCUUCAGCUAAUCCUUUCCACCUAUCUGGGGAUGUGGAUUUCUUCUUGCUUGGAGAUCAGGAGCGGAAUGAGGCUCUCUCAGAGCGGGAGCAGAGGAAGACGCUGCGCGUGCACGAGAAGAUGACAUCCUCGGCGCAGAGGGCGGCCCGGUCCAGAGGCCCCACUUGCCUCCCUCCUCCCGCUGCAGAAAAGAAGGUGGAGCCAGACAGCAUGAGCAGCUACAUCGAGCAGAAGCGACAGAUGUUCCUCAUCCAGUAUGCCCUGGAGAUGAAGCGGAGUGAGGUCCAUCGGCUGGAGGUGCUGGCCACUGAGGAGGAGGCCAGGCUGGAGCGAGCCGAGAAGUCCCUGGAGAGGGACUCUGCCUUGUUUGACAAGUUCCUCAGGGAGAAUGACCACAGCUCCGUGCAGGCCAUGACAGCGGCUGAGAAGGAGACCAAAGCCAGGAUGGAGAAGAUUAUUGAGAUCCGGGACCUCACUGUCCAGAUCAUGAAUAUCAAAAGUGAUAUCUCCAAAUUUGAAGACACACUGCAGCAUUACAAGAUCUACAAGGAUUUCCUGUACAAGGUGUCACCCAAGGAGUGGUUUGAAGAACAAGAGAAGAAGCGCUUGGCUCUUAGAAAGGCCAAGGAGGUUUCCAGGGCUCGCAAAAAAAGCAGUAUUUCCUCCAUGUCAGGGGACAAAGGACCAGCGAUCAAGGGCAAGAUGGGCUCCCCAUGGGCCAGAGAGGACCAGGGCACAAAGAAGCCCGCGAAGCUUCUGCAGGCGCUCCGGGUGGGGCACAUCCUGUCCAGCAUGAGCAUCUCUCACUACAGCAGCCAGGGCAGCCAGCCCAGCAUUCUGGAAUCUCAGCGGUCCAGCUCUGCUCUCCUGCCUGCGCAAGAAGACCCUGACAGUGACGGGGAGGAGCUACAGCUGUACUUCACCGAGCCCCAGCAGCUCCUGGAAGUCUUCACGCAGCUGGAGGAGCAGAACCUGUCACUGAUCCAGAACACCCAGGAGAUGGAGGAGACCUUGGAAGAGCUGAACCUCAGCCUGAAAAACACCCAGAUCCGCAUGGACAAGGAGGUCAACCAGCUGAAGCAGUGGAUCACCACGAUGAUGAUGUCCAUCACCAAGGAGGAGGACACUGCUGCUGAGCUGGAGCUCAAAGCUCGAGUCUUCCACUUCGGGGAGUACAAGGGCGAUCAGCAGGACAAGCUGCUGGACAGCCUGAACCACAAGGUGCUGGAUGUGUACCGGCACUGUGUGGGUGCCCAGCAGGACGCCAACCUGGGCACUGUGCAGAUGCUCACCAUCAUUGAACACCAGCUGGACGAGCUGAUCGAGAACCUGGAACAUGUGCCCCAGGCCAAGGUCGACCAGGCCAGGGCAGCCAAGGAGAAGGAGAGGCGGAUGAGACUUCGGGAAGAGAAGGUCAUGAUGCAAAAGCUAGUGCAGGAAGAGCGUCUGCAGCGGGCCCGGGCCCGUGCCCAGGCCCAGGUCAAGAAGAAGAGAGGCAGGAAACUGGUGUGCCGCUCCCGACCCCCGGCUCUCAAACCGAGGGAGGAGUCUGAGCACACGCUGAUGGACAAGGACAAGGAAGAGGCGCUGUUUUUCUUCAUUUAACCCUCACAGAGCCGCAGCUGGGCUGGCUCAGGGCUUAGAAGAGACAUCAGCAGUGGAGGCGGAGACGGGCUGGAUCUUGAGUGGACCCUCAGUCCUCAAGGUCUCCUCUGUGUGUUCCCUUACUCCCUCAAAAUAAACUCAUGUCUCUCUGGUG